CAGCCUGAAGUUCUCCAUCGGUAGCCGAACACCGUCGCUCCCCAAACACUGACCGGUGUUGUUUAGCUGGAAACGGCGCUUACGGUCUGCGGAGAUGGAGUCUAUUUUCAGUAUACUGGUGCUGAGUACACUGGUCCGUGAAGGUUUCUCUGCACCGUUACCACCACCUGAGGAGACAGUCAUGUUUUUAGGGGAGGACUUUCACAUCCAGCUCCCCCCAGGUGCUACCGACGUGGUGUUUGAGCGCACAGCCAGCACAGGUGGUGGGAAGGUUGUUCUGAUGAAGGCCGGGGUGAUAAAGGGCAGGAGGGCCUGGGGGCUGAACCAGACCCACCUGGUCCUGGAGGACGUGAGAGAGGUUGAUGAGGGGCUGUACACCGUCACCUCCCAGGACAACAGCACCAUCAGCAAGUCCUAUUCACUCAUAGUGAGGGAUUGCUCCAACGAGCACAACAUCAUGUAUGGAGAGAACUUCCACAUUCAGCUGACCCUACCUCCCAAGGUGAUUGAGUUCCGGCCCAUCGCUGUUGAGGCAAACCAGGCGUCCCUGAUAGCUCUGGUCCUAAUGAUAGGAGAGCACUUUAGAGAUGUUUAUGAAAACCGCCUGUUCGUCUCGGAGACCAGAGUUACACUCACAGGUGUAACAGGAGCGGAUGAGGGCGCCUACACCAUUAGGGAUAUCUUUGAUGAAAUUCAGAAGAAGGUGUGCCUGGACGUUAAAGUGCAUCAGAACUCUACAGAAGUGCCUUCUGGAGGAACUUUGAAGUUCAACCUCGUACUGAACAGUUCCAUGGUGCACUUCAAGUACACGCCUGCCAGCGACAGCAGGAAGUCCUGGUUGAUCAUGCAAAAGGGCAACCUGACAAUCCCGGAGGAGCUAGACAUGCAGGACCGUCUCUCUGUGGAUGGCAACCUCUGCGUCUUGGAAAACGUGAAGGCCACUGAUGCUGGAGUGUUCCUGGUCACAGACCUCGAUGGCUUCCACGUCGCUGAAACACACCUAAUGGCGGGAAAUCCGGACAUACGCCCAGCUGCAUGAGGUGACCAAACGUAGAGAGGACGAGAGGAGGAAAGCAGAGUGCCGCUCCUACAGACUGAACAACAGGCCCAGCUCCUCAACAAGGAAAAUCUCACACUGCACACGUCUACCUAUAGUUAAUAUCACAUCACAUAGAAUAUAAUAAUGAAAGAUAGUAUGGUGCAGUUCGCAGAUACAAACAGUCACUAAAACUCAGGCACAAAACACACACACACAUGCACACACCUUUUGAAGACUGAUGUUCUCACUACCUCCAUUGAAUUUAGGUUACCAUUAUAUCUGUGCCACACACACACACACACACACACACACACACACACACACACACACACACACACACACACACACACACACACAAACGUAAUACAGCGUUGCUGAAAGCUGUAGUAUUCACACAGCCAACUGGCAGGACUGGACGCUGUUUAUUUUCCAUAGGUCUUGGAAACAGAAAGCAUGUGUCUGUUGGGGAGGUGUUUGAUUUAGGUGAUCAAUUUUGUGAUGCAAAUGUGUAGAUUUGACAUAGCGGCUAACUUGCUCACUUUUAUAUAAAAAAAUGGCAGACAUUGUUCCCCCUUCUGGUUUUGAUAUCUCCACUUUUUGAGCAUGAUUUUAAUCAAGGUAUAAUGUAAUUCUAUAGAUUUUGCACAAAAUCUGAAACCUGUCUCCCCUUCUGGUAUUUCAAAAAAGAUGCACACUGGUAGCCUACUUUAAAAUACCAUUACACCAUGAAUUACUUCAGGGCUGUGCUUGAACUGACCUCACUGUCGCUCCUUUCAAAAUCAAUGAUCUUUGACUUUCUAUUUGUUUAUCUUUGUCUAUCUUUAUUUUCAAAUGUUCCCUUCACAACUAAUAUACUUUAAAUUGGCCAUAUUGUAUUUUUUUCUUUC